AUGUCCUACUUCCCAGACGGCAAGCAGAUCGUCAGCGGAUCUCGGGACAAGACCGCUCGAAGGUGGGAUUUGCAGGAAGGUAAAGAGAUUGUGGAGGCGCGGAACGUUUGUGAAGAGGGUGUGUAUGCGGUGGCAGUAUCGAGGGAUGGUCGAUAUGUUACCACUGGUGGUGGAGAGAUUGACACCGGGGAGCUUGAAGCCCGUGAAGUUGAGACGGGGAUCAUAGCACGCUGGUGGCGAGCGGAUCAUGGGAUGCUACAGCGCGAAUAUGGUAGUUUGGACACUUGUAAACUUGUGGCUGGUCCAUUCGCGAUCGUUGAUUGGCCGGGCGCAGUUUUAUUUUCACCAGACUCGGAGAAGCUCGCAGUGAAGUCAGAUGUGGGGACUUGCCUUGAAAUCUGGGAUAUUCACACAGAGACUUUGGACAUCAAAGCAGGGAAAUCUGGCAGCAAUUCGAGCAUGACAUUUGCGCCAGUGUCCUGGACCAACAAAAAUAAAACCAUCAUAGCAGCAUGCAACUUCACAGACGAUGACGAAGCUACAACGAUCAAUGAGUUUGACGCGUUGACGCUAGAGAUUGUCGGAGCUCCCUUCGAAGGCCAUAUCAAAUGUGUCACCGAUCUAGCACUUUCAUCAGGCGGUGCUCUCCUCGCCAGCGCCUCCAAAGAUCAUAGCAUCAAACUGUGGGCCUUCGAGUCCCGCCAGCUCCUCGCCUCUUUUCACGUUCAGAAUGUCGAGUUCCUCAUGCCCUCACCUGACUCACGCCACCUGGUUUACACAACUGCUGGUCGCGACAUCUAUAUAUGUAGCACUCCACCCGCUGUGCUUACUGCGCUGGAAGCACAGUCCACCCUCCAAAAAUCUAAUAAAACUUUUGAACGUUUACUUCACUCCGAUGCAACCCGUCGCGCUGCUGCAGUGCGUCGUAAUCCGGGGACGUCGCCUGCCAUAUCCUUUACCCCCAGGCAGCAAAGACCCCUACCUACUACAGACCAGCAGCAACCAAUUUACCUUCGCCUUCGCAAACUUUUUCAUCUCUCUUCUCGCACAAAUGCAGUUCCCCCUGUUCGGAACAAUCAACCUCGUGGUCCCCUAGAUUUCCCUGCUACGUUACCCCUACCACCCAAUCCAUCUCUUUCUCGGCAGGCCGCAACUCAGUUUGACGACUUCGAAAUAAGUUCUCCACCUUACUCCUCGAACGGAGUCACACAAUUCAUACAUCAGCGCCUUCCUUUUCUCGUACCCAGACAUAGCCGUGGGCCACCGGUCGUUGAAGUCGCAGCCGGGCGGAAAGUCACUCGUCUUGCUGCUGCCAAAUUUCCCGAAUACAGGAAAGUUGAUGAUACACGACAUCCUUCUAGCCAGCAGCCUGGUGUGCCGCAGGAAGUUGAAUCGUCUGACAUUGAUUCGCUCCCAGACGGCAGACUGAGGAUGCCACCACGAUGGCGCCUGGAGCGUGUUGACAUACCCCGCCAGGAUGGCGCGACAAGUAGUAGCCGUGGUGGCAGUUAG